UGAGUGCAUAUAUUUUUGUAAUAGGAUGGAAGAUUAAAACUCAAUCUCUCAAAAAAAUAAUAAUUGAGAAUCGGUUAUGGAAGCCAAAUUGUAGAUUUGUGGGCUAUUAUAAUUUGAACAAACAAAAUUGGAUUAUGGAGAGAGAUGAUUCCUGGAGUUCGAAUUCUGGCGAGGGAACAGCAAAGGGGAAUCUCAAUCAUCCACUUCGGAAAAAGAUGUAUAUCCAGCCGGGCGGUUAUGAGCUUUGGAGAUGGUAGCCAUGGCGCAAUCGGCUUGCCUACUUCACUCACUGGCGUAGGUGGCGCCGCUUACGAGCCCACUACCGUCCCGGGGCUUCCUUCCCAUGUUACAAGUGUAGCAGCAGGCCACUAUCACUCUCUCGCCGUUGAUUCGCAGGGCUGUCUCUGGGCUUGGGGCAGAGAUCAUGAAGCGCAGCUUGGCCGGGGCUUUGCUUCCUCUAGAGAUUCUUGGAAUGUACCAAAGAGAGUGAUAGGGCUGGACCAAGUGAAAAUUUGUUCGGCAUUUGCCUCAGGUGUUGUCUCUGCUGCUCUUGGGGAUGAUGGAAGUUUGUGGAUUUGGGGAAAAUCUAAGCGUGGACAGCUUGGUCUUGGAAAAGAUGUCACGGAGGCUGUUAUACCCUCUAGAGUUCAAGCACUUGAAGGUGAAAAGAUAGUUAAGGUCUCUUUUGGUUGGGGACAUGCACUUGCAUUUAGUGAGGAUGGGAAACUGUUCGGGUGGGGUUAUUAUGCUGAUGGCAGAUUGGGAAAUGUUGGAAGAACUCUGAAGAUGUCUCCUUUGGAUUCAAGUUCAUAUAGAUCUACAGAUGGCCAAGAAAAGCCCAAAAUUGAGCUUGCUGCAAGGUUGGUUUUGGAAUCAAUGGAAGAUGAGAAACAUAUGCCAAUUAUAUGGGAACCUCAUUUGGUGGAAGAUGUAACUGGUGUUGAAGUGGUAGACAUUGCAUGUGGACUUGAUCAUUCCUUGGUUCUCUGUCGCGAUGGCACCCUCCUAAGCUGUGGAAGCAACAUUUAUGGGCAAUUGGGACGAGUUACACAAGAUUUGGGGUUGCUACCAGUUGAUUCAAGUUUCCAUGUUAAAUCUAUAGCUGCAGGACUUGGUCAUUCUCUGGCAAUAUGCCAAGAUACUUCAAACAAAGACGAAAGAGAUGCGACGAGUGUCAUCUCAUGGGGAUGGAAUCAGACGUCUCAACUUGGAAGAGUAGGACCAAACAGUAUCCCAUUGGCGAUUGAAGGAUUAGCUGGGGAAACACCUAUAUCAUUGUCAGGAGGUCGUGCACAUUCAAUUGCUCUUGGCUCUAAGGGAGAAGUGUGGGUUUGGGGAUGUGGAAGGGAUGGUAGACUUGGGUUAGGAAGUUCCAGUGAUGAAUCUGAGCCAGUUUUUCUGGAUAGCCUUGAGAAUUGUAAUGUUGUGCAAGCUGUGUCAGGCUUUGAUCACAAUCUAGUAUUGGUUGUUGACUGAUGUGGUUCAAAUCUAGUCUUGGUUGCUUUGGAUUGCUUCUUUGGAUGUAUUUACACGAAUCCUUCUUGCACCCAGGAGUACAAAAAAAAAGGAGUUCUGUUGGUUCCAUUAAUUGGUCUUUUUGUGUUAUUGUUUACUCAUUAUCUUAAUGAAGAAGUUCGUUUCCAUUUCUAACCAAAAUAAAUGGCUUUUUUUUUUUGUUUAUUGAGUAGACUCUAGUUCACCCCAAUUACAUCUUAAUAGUUGAAGUAAUGUUUGUUAAUUAGAAAACUUGGCUAUGUAACAUAACAUUUCUUCAAAAGUAAGCCUUAGACCAGGCUUCUUGCGAUUUGGUUUCCUGUUUCUCAAACACAUCAUUGCUUUAGAUUAUGAACGAAGAGGCAAAGAAUGAUAACAAUAUACAAUAUUUUUGGCAUCUUAUUAUAAUUUUAAGUCGCAAAGAAAUUUCCUUCAACUUGAGCAGGAAUCAAAAGAACACUGUGUUUUCUACACCCCUUUUUCUUCUCUUUUUUUGUUUCCGUUUUGCCGGGUACAAAGGUUAGCAUGGUGGGAGAUCCUUUGGGGGUGGAAGAAUGCUUUGAUCUUUUCCAGGUCCGUCUUCAACCACAAAUGCUGUUUUUAGACCCCAUCCUGUGUGGACUUCAAGAUGACAAUGCAUGAACCAGACUCCUGUAAGUUCAUUAUGAAAAUGAUAUGAGAUAUUUAUAUAUAUAGUUUCCAUAAGUCAUAUUUCAAUUUUGUUCCUUUUUUAAAGUCAAUAAUAUCAAUAUCCACCUGGGUUAUCAGCUCUAAAUCGGAUGGCAGUCCAUCCUCCAGUUGGAACUCCGACUGUAUUUCUCUCAACGGGAUCAACCAAGUUGUAUUUUGCGGGAUCUUUGGCUGGGUUGAAGUUCCCGAUCCCCGUUCCAACAACAAAGAAGUUGUAGCCAUGGAGAUGGAAUGGAUGGGACUCAACAGUAAGAAGAUUGGUGUCCUGUAAUACCAGCUCGACCGUAGAAUUGAAUGCAAUCUUGCUAAGCCUCGUGCCCACUGCAGUUCUCAGAUUAGCGGUCAGUGGUGCUCCAGUAUAGUUGAAUGGAGUUGGAGGUCUGUCUGGGAAAUCAGUUCUAAAUACUCCACUGAUAUUGAAGUAAUGAGAUUGAAGAAGACCAAUUUGAGGCAUCACAAAAGAGAUGUUGUUUAAUGAAGCAACGAGUUGGGUUCCAUUUAGACAUGUGGGGCAAUCGUUUUGGCCCAAACCAAUCGUGUAGAAAAGCUUUCGGUCAACUUCUAGUGGAACGUUAGCAGGAUAUUGAGGUGAGUUUAAGCUUUUCAGCUUCUUGUUAUAGCUCAAAGCAAAUGACGUGUCAUUUGAGGCUGGUAAUUGGGGAAGGAUUGGGAGGAUUGUGUUAGGGAUUCCUCUGUAUUGGAGAAUACCGGUGGCUGUUUUGUUGUCCACAGGAAUUGGAACAUCCAUGAACGACCUGGAAGCCAUGAAAUAUCUAUUAGGUGCUUGGUUGGCUUGCAACAAGACAUUUGUGGUCUGUCCUGGUGCAAUUAGUAUAGCUUGUGUAGUGAAUGGUUUCGUGUAAACUGCAUCAACCUCUACGACUGUCAUGUUGUGACCAGCAAUGGCAAAGAAAAGCUCAUCGUUGAGGGCAGCAUUUAUUAUUCUCAAGAGAUAUGUCUUUCCAGCUUCAACCUCCAUGGCAAAAGUAUCUGAAAAUGAAUCACAAAGGACAACCAAAUCAUUACUGUGGUUAAAGACCCAAAAGUUUUCUCCAAUUAGUAUUUCUUACGUUUUUCUGAACAAGGGAAGAGCGGCCCUGGCUUGCCAUUGAUUGUGUGAGCAUCAGACAUAUUUGGUGGCACGCCCAUGCGCGAUCCUUGGUUGACAACCGCCUCGACAUCAUUAUUCCACCAUUCUCCUGCACCAGAGCUUCUACGGAAAAUGAGAUAAAUCCUAGACAACAAGCAACAAAGAGAAAUGUCAGACGAUGAACGACCCAAACCAAGCCCGCCAUUUUCUUUUGGCAAUGAUAUUUUUUGAGGUAAUGUAAAUAUGAAUGAUAAUGAAUGAUCUUAAAUGUGAACAAUGCGAAGUAUUUAUACCAUUCAGAAAGCUGCGCUGGUUUUGAAGGUUUUUUAAGAAGAAGUUGGUAGGAAUUGUGGAAGGGUCUCCAUAGCCAAAGCUUGCAAGCGAAAUACAGAUAGAGACUACUUGCCUUGCUUUUGACUAACUUGGAGGCUGAGAUUUCCAAACCAAAUAGAAUUAUUAGACUUGAUGUUCACUUGAACUUAUGUUCAAUUCAUAUAUUACAAAGUUACAUUGUUGCAAAAAGAAAAUUGUUUAGGACCUAUUUGAUAACGUUUUGGAUAACAAACAUUGUCUAUUCAUCAUUCUCA